AUGGGAGCGGCGCGUGUUAAGCGACGUUUCAGUGCGGUGGUUGACGGGCUGGUAGACGAGGAGGAAGUCAUAAAGCUGGCUCUGAGUGUUACUGACACAGCCAGGGCGGGGGGGAGCACGGGAGGCUCAGGGAGCCCCACCAGCCCCUCUCCCACCCACAACCGCAAUGGCAAAUCACUCCCCCUGCAGGGCAACGGCAGCAAUGCACGGAGGGCCAGCAGAGCCCAGGAGGCAGGAGGAGGGGAAGGAGGGAUGAGAGGAGGAGGGCACUCAGGACUGAGGGGCGGGAGGGAUGGAAGUCUGGGGGGAAGGGGAGAAGGCUGUUCGUCCUCGGACAGAGAUUCGACACUGUCGUCACCUUCCUCCUCCAGCCGCCGGCCCACCCGGCGCUCUAGACGCCGGCCCCGUCACCGCUUUGUGGGCAAGGACGGGCGCUGCAACGUCACCUUCGUCAACAUGAGCGAGAGGGGCCAGCGUUACCUCAGCGACCUCUUCACCACCUGUGUGGACAUCCGCUGGCGUUGGAUGCUCGUCAUCUUCUGCCUCUCCUUCCUCCUUUCCUGGCUGCUCUUUGGCUUCGCCUUCUGGCUCAUUGCCGCCGCGCACGGGGACUUCGCCAUCCGCCUCAACCCCAGCUCGGGUGCCUCUUCCGGGGGAGGAGAUGAGUCCGGGGCAGGGGCGGUGGUGGAAGUGGAGGAAACGUGUUUCGUCCAGGUGAACAGCUUCAUGGCGGCCUUCCUGUUCUCCCUGGAGACGCAGACAUCCAUCGGUUACGGCUUCCGCAGCGUGACCGAGGCCUGCCCCCUGGCGGUGAUGGCGGUCGUCUUGCAGUGCAUUGUGGGCUGCAUCAUUGACGCCUUCAUCAUCGGGGCGGUCAUGGUGAAGAUCGCUAAGCCCAAGAAGCGUAACGAGACACUGUUGUUCUCUGACACGGCAGUGGUGGCGCUGAGAGACGGGAAACUCUGCAUGAUGUGGAGGGUGGGGAACCUACGCAGGAGCCACCUGGUAGAGGCACACGUACGUGCACAGCUACUGAAGGUAAGAAAGGAGAGAGUGAAGAAGAUAGGUUGAGGGAUGAAAGAAGGGAGCAAAGAGACUGAAGGGGGUGUAAACAGUAGAAGAGGCAGGACACAUCAGGUAACUGUAUAGAGAGAGAGAGAGAGAGAGAGAGAGAGAGAGAGAGAGAGAGAGAGAGAGAGAGAGAGAGAGAGAGAGAGAGAGAGAGAGAGAGAGAGAGAGAGAGAGAGAGAGAGAGAGGGAGGUAUUGGUGAGGCCAUCUGGACUGUACUCUGAUGUCUGUGGUUAAUGAGAGCUUGUUUUAUUCUCCAGGGGUUUAGAAGAUUUACCAAGGGAUUAAUUUCCCCAGGAUUCUUUAACUCAAAACCAAUGUGUGUGUAUGUGGGUGUGUGUGUGUGUGUCUGGUUCUUUCUGUGUACUGUAUACAGAUAGUACUCUUGUCUGGCCAUCUGUUAGUAAUUUUGGUGACAGUUUGCGUGGUGGUGUGUGUUCUGACGUAUUGUCUGCCUGUCUGUAUCUAUUGUGUUUCAUGUGGCCCUUACCUACCACUGCUUUCAUUGUCCUGUGGGUUGUAAAGCUCUAGAGCAGGGAGGUGAAGAGAGUGACAUUUAGAUAUUUUUAAAAGCUUGACCAUGUCAAAGUUCAGAUGGGGCAGCUUUGAGUUUUGGGGGCUCAUGGCAGAAUUGUAUUCCUCAAUGCUGAGGCUGGGGAUUGACUCAGGAAAAAGGUUGGGUAGUAAGCCUAGGCCUGCGGAGUAUGGUUGCAGACUGGUGCAGCCCAAAAAAUAUAGGCAGGCGAGUGCUUUCUGUGUAACAUAACACUUAAGGCUUUGGCAAUAUUUAAGAUUGAACUGAACUAUGCACAAUGUUCCUGUAAACAAUGUAAAAACUAAGCACUUAAUCAUUAACCUCAUACCCUCUGUCUUCCCUUUCUCCACCCCUGUUCUUCCCCCCCUCCUCCCCCAGCCGAGGGUGACCCCAGAGGGAGAGUUCCUCCCGCUGGACAACGAGGACAUCAACGUGGGCUUCGAUACGGGAACCGACCGCAUCUUCCUGGUUUCCCCGGUAACCAUCGUCCACGAGAUCAACGAUGAGUCGCCGUUUUUCGAGAUGGACCGUCGGACGCUGGAGGACGACGCGGAGCUGGAGGUGGUGGUCAUUCUGGAGGGUAUGGUGGAGGCCACAGCCAUGACUACACAGUGUCGCAGCUCCUACCUCGCCUCCGAGAUCCUCUGGGGUCACCGCUUCGAACCCGUGCUUUUCGAGAGGAAGAACUGUUACCAGGUAAGAGCGGGGAGAGGGAUAUAGAAACAGAAGGGGAAAGAGUUUCUGAUCCGCUGGCUUCAUCGUUACUUUUUCUUAUCCCUUUAUGUCAACAUUUUAGCCAUUCAGCAGACACUCUUAUCCAGUGACCCCUCUGUUUUUCUUCUCCAGGUGGACUACUCCUUCUUCCACCGGACCUAUGAGAUUCCCAGCACACCCUCGUGCAGCGCUAAAGAGUUGGCCGAGCAGAAGUACAUCCAGGGCUCACGCUCCUCCUUCUGCUACGAGAACGAAGUAGCUCUGCAGCUCGUCUCCCCUGACAAUGACCCUGAGGGCAACCCUGGUGGCUGCCCCUCCCCCCUGACCCGCCGACCCUCCCUCUCACAACACCCCCACACCAACUAA